AUGUCCCAGCUUCCAUUAUUUCUAUUUACCUACAAUUGCAAUAGGCUCAAGUUGAAUUCUGAGGAAUUCAUCAGCAAGAUUGUUGAUGUUUUGCCCGAUACUCUAUCGAGUAUAUAUGUAUUUGGAUUUCAAGAAUUGUGCUCCAUACUAGAUGGUAGUUUCCCCGAUAUUGCUAAUAAGCAUAUGAUUGACUUGAACAAGUUAUUGUUGGAUGCAUUCAAGACCAAAUAUGCGAAUGAAGCCGUUAGAUUUCAUACGAUAUCAAUUGAGCAUGUUGGAUCAAUUGGACUCAUAGCAAUUACCCCAUUUAUUCUGAGAAUCAACAAGGUGAAGAGUGCUCAAUGCGGUUGUGGAUACUUUGGGUCAUCGAUGAAAGGAGGUGUUGGUUUAAGGCUUUCAUAUAAGAAUGGCGAUGAAGAUAUUGAGAUAACGUUUGCUAGUGUUCAUUUAAGUGCUGGAGAAGGCGAACACUAUUAUAUUAAACGGAAUAAGAACAUGAAUGAUAUAAUGAGAAGUUUACAAUUCGAUGAUGGCUGGAGUUUAUUGAAGCCAAACACUCACUGUUUCAUACUUGGAGAUUUAAACUACCGAACUACAAAAAAUUAUGAUCCAAAUUCUGAUACCAGUAAAAGAUUAUUUGAACUCCACGAUCAAACUAAAAAGACUAGUCAUCCCAAAUCUAUUGAAGGUCUAGUUGACAAUCAUGAUGAAUUAACAAGUGGCAUUGAAAAAGGCGAUGUGCUCACUGGAUUCAAUGAAGGGUGUAUUGAAUUUUGUCCGACUUACAAAUACGUACAAGGAACUGCUAUUUAUAAUACCAAACGGUCACCAGCUUGGUGCGAUCGAAUCUUAUUUCAAUCUACUUAUUCAAUCAAACAGAAAGAACAGCCCAAAGUCGUCCGGUACGAUAGUAUACCGAACUUAUUAAUAUCGGACCAUCAACCAGUUUUUUUGGAAAUCCAAAUUCCUUUCCAAGCUCCAGAAUCAAUUAUAACUAAUGAUAGUGGGUACUUGAAAAUCUUACCAAACGAAAGAUCUGAUAUUCAUAAACUUCACCCAUCUCACAAUGCUGACUUGAAUGCAAAUCAAUUAUCAGAAAUGAUUAGUGGACCCACCCAAAUUUACAUGAAGGCUACUAAAAUCGAUUAUAUCGCACAACUAAUUUUACGACCACUAAUCGAUUGGAUCGUUGGUUAUCUCAUGUGGUUUGGAGUUAGCCAACGCGGUAGAUUACAUCUUUUGGUUAUCUCUCUAAUAUUUGGUGGUUGGUAUUGGUAUAUGAGGGGAGGUGAAUAA